UGCGGGGAACGGGAACGGCUCGAGGGAAGCGCGAGCGCAAGCGCAAUGAGGCAUGGAGUUGCUCUCGGACGCACGCCACAUUGAAAGCUUGCGACAUGCUGCAAAGCCGCUCAGUCGUGCGCCAGCUCUCGUGAGGGUGGUAUCGUUGUUUCAUUUUCCGAGCAUUCCCCUUGUGGUGUAUCGUGAGAUCACGAAAAAGCCCGCGUAGGCGUGGUGAACGCGUUGAUCGGACCACGCGGUUUCGUCGAAUAAGAAAUCGUCUACCCUGUUUCGGAGGAUAGAUAACGUUAGCCGGGGUGCUUGUCGUCUUUGUCCUCGAAAAUUGGAAUAGUCGAGGGUCGCGUUUUGAUACUUGGACCAGUGUCAGAUCUCGGCCCGUCCGCACGGGAAAAUCCCCGUUUCACCGUUCGAGGUCGUUCUCGCGGUAAAGUUUCAGCCUGAACGUGUUUGGCUCUCCGUUACACUCGGGCAACGUGUUACCAAGUUUUGUUUCGGACUCGAAAGAGAAAGAAAUAAAAAAAAAUAACAAUAAUAGUAAUAACAAUCAUAAAGACGUUUGAUUCGUUGAAUCGGUAAGAAAGAGGUGAUAAUAGAAUUGUGGGAAGAUAUUAUCGUAUCUGUGAUGUGCGAGUGAGCUAUGGAUUCACCAGUCAUGUACGACUCAGCGGCCCAUCAGGCCCAGGCCCACCCUGCGGCCGAUCUGAAGAAAUCUCAGGUGCUCAACAACAACAACAAUCAUCAGAGCAACAACAACAACAACAAUACGGCUAACAACAACAAUUCGGCGCUGCAGGUGAAUCACAAUCACAACCAGCAGCAGGGCAGCGCGGUGGUGAGCAAGGUCUCGGCGAGCAAGGCUAGCCUUCACCAACAGUACGCGGAACACUGUGCCGCGGCCGGUGAGCUGACAGACCUGAACACGCCGGAGAUAUCGUUGGAUCUGCAACACCUGAUCGACGAUAGCCACUUCAACGACGGCCUAUUGGACAUGUUAGGGGCGAACAACGGAGCCGUGAAGCAUGUCAGAACGCCGGGUUAUCCGCGAACCACUUUAGCCUACAUGCCGCAGCCGGUGCACAGCGGGGCGAGUUACCACCAAGGCAGCAACAGUUGCAGCGACAGCAACAGCUCGAGUUCCGAAUCGCCUAGCAUCAAAGAGGAACCACUCGAUCCGGCGGAUUACCGUCGCCACUGUCCCCAAUACGCGCCAAGCGGAUACAGUCCGGUGACGAACGGUCCCUUUGCAAACGGUGCACCGACCUUCACCACCCUGACACCGUCCACCGUUCCCGGUGGUCAUCCGGGCGCGCCCGUUCACCAACCACCGCCCCGAGGCGGACCGAUGAAGCCGGUGAUGGCGCAUCAACAUCACGCGAACAACGCCGCAGCCGCGGCCAGGAAACAGACCAAGGCCAUCGACAAAGCGAGCGACGAGUACAGAAGACGACGCGAGAGGAACAACAUAGCGGUGAGGAAGAGCCGCGAGAAGGCGAAGGUGCGAUCGAGGGAGACCGAGGAGAAGGUGAAGCUACUUGUUAAGGAUAACGACCUGUUGAAAAAGAGGAUCGAAUUACUGACCGAGGAGCUGAACGUGCUAAGAUCGUUGUUCAGCAGCGUCGGCGUGGUGCCGGAACAACUGCACCGGGAAAUCUCCAGGCACCUCGACCAGUUCCAGCAACACGCGGUCGGACCCAUGUAGCGCAAAACGGCAUCGUCGUCGAGCGGUGAUGCGGUCGCAUCGCGCCGCCUCUGUUACGCCUUUCUCUCGUCCAACCACGUCGACCUUCGUUCCUCGCCUUUCAGGCCGAUACGAUUGUGAAGGAGAAUCGUUUUCCAAGCGACUUCCGCUUUUCGGAGGAGUGUUGUGCCUAAUGGUACCGGAACGGUAUCCUUUAGCAGAAACGAGCAAAAGAAAGGAUAACUCCGUGGACUUAGCCGUGGUCUUUGUCUGGUACCGCGUGCGGAGAAACGCGGGACGCACGUGCGUCGUGCUCGAGUACCAGAAGAGACGCGAUAAGAUUGGAAAACAGGGAGGAACGGAGGAGAAAUGGAGGGAGAAGGAAGGAGAGGCGUGACUCGUUUGAAGAAGAGACCACGUCGAUUUCCGGGGAAAGCUUUUCGGCAGCUGGGGAACUUGGUCGACAACUUCGUGUGGAAAAGUGCCUCUUGCUCAUGGCGAACUUGUUUUUAUACACCCGAGUGCAUCGGACACUUUCUUCUUUAAGAUACGCAGCGGAGUAUGAUUCGAGGGGAAAAGAAAAAGGAAAAAGAGAAUAGAAUUUCUUCGAUUCCCGCGUGUCCGCCAUGUCGCGGUUGCCCUUAUUUUUUUUUUGUAACUCCGGAAGGACAUCUCCGGAGGAUAGAUGAAAAUUAUUCGAUUUUCUUCGUUUCUUCUUCUCCUUUUUUUUCUUUCUAUCGUAUCCAAUUUUAUUCUUCUGAAAACAAAAAGUACGUAAAAGACUGUGGGGUGGUGGUACCGCGUGGUUCCGCUGGUUCGCCGCCUCAUUCGAUCGCGUAAUUCGCGACACGCGGACGCGUUGCAACUCCGAACAAAUCACGCAUCGAUGUGUACAUACAAGCGCAUUAAUCACGUACACGUACGUUCACACGUCUUAAGAGAAUAAUACUUGCGUAUACGCAAGAGAGAGGGAGGGAGAGACACAUGUAUACGUACCAAUACAGGGAACGCGGGAAUACGACGCUCGCAUAAGUAAUUUCGUUCGCAUAAAUCUUCGACGUUAUACAUUUUUGAUGCGCCUAUCCAUGAUCGUAUACGUGUGACGAGGAAAAACACGCGCCACAAAGGAACACAAACACAUACGACGAAAACACGCAGCAAACAGAGACACGACACAGAGACGAUAUAAUAUUGUAUGCGCGAUGUGUAACACGUGCAACCGCGUUGCGUUCAGAAUCGUUCUUUAAUUACGGACCGAUUUAAAUUAGAUUAUCUUUCUCAUUACCAUGUACCUAAAAAGGCAUAUACCGAGAUAACGUAAUUGCGAUCAGCAUCGAUGCGACGAUGCCACCCCAUCUCGAAUUCGUGCGUCUGUAUUUCUUUUUCUUCUUAACAGGGUGAGAGAAAGCAUCCGGAGAAAAAAAAAAAAAAUAAAAGAGAGAAGAAAAAGAAGGAACACACACCAUUACUCACGACCUUUGUAUUAUAGUUCUAUAUUUUAAUUUUAUUAUAUUCGAGAUAUAUAAUGUACAUAACAAAAAAAAAGCUAAUAUAUUUUGUUAGAGAAGCGAAAACGGAAUCGUGUUUUACGUGUGAGUGAGAGAGAAAUGGAACGAAUGAAAUAGCGCGAAUAAAAAAAAAGGAAAAAAAUAACAAUAAAUGUGUCGAAUGUGCGCGCGCGCGUGUGUGUGUUCAACGAAACGAUC